GUACAUGAUAAUCUUUGGGGGAAAGCAUCCCUUUCUGAACAAGCGAAACGAGCUGGAUCAGAAGCUGAUGCUGGAAGGUCGUUUAGACUUUACUGACACCUCCAGCGUUGCAGCACAGGGCUUAGGGCUGUUCGGCUUGGGGGAGACGAUUCAGAAGUUCUCGGAGACUGCCAGGAACUUCUGCAAGCAGCUUGUUCAAGUGAACCCUGCCUCCCGAAUGACUGCGAGCAAUGCUCUCAGGGUGCCUUGGCUGAACUCCGGAAGGCGUUUCGCCGAGCAACAGAGAAGGCAAUCCGAGAAAUCAGGUACACCAAGAAAUGCGGGCACUCCAACUGGUACUCCCAGAAAUGGUGGCACUCCAAGGAAUGCUGGCACUCCAAGGAAUGCUGGCACUCCAAGGAAUGCUGGCACUCCAAGGAAUGGCACUCCUAGAGGUGGCACUCCAAGAAAAGGUGGUACUCCAAGAAAUGCCGAGGCCACCGCGCCUGGCGGCGGUGGUGCUCCUGGCUUUGGGUAUCCACAGGCCGAUGACAAAGCAAAACAAUUGGAGCUGGAGAAGCUUCAAAAGAGAGUAAAUGAAUUAGAAGCUCGAGAAAGAGAGCAAAAAAAGAAUGACGAAGAAGCUCAGGCUCAGGCUAGGAAACAAGCGCAAGCAAAAAGUUUUCGAACUCAGCGGACGAGGGUGACCGAAAUGAACCCUCCAGUCUCUGCUGAUGUGUCGCCAGCGACGCUAAUGCCAGGGCCACCACGGCUAUUGGUAGCAGGAACCAGGUGUCGCUACGAGCCCACUUCGUCAAGCAAGUUUCCCUUCAUCCCUGCCGUGGUGCAGGGCUUCAAUGAUCUUGACUGUACUUACAACUUGGACUGUCGCCCUCAUGCUGAUCCCUCGCGCAUUAGUCCGGCCAAAGAUGUCUCUGCUGACCAGGCAUGGCCACGUGGGACGCUGGUCUUCUACAAAAGCGAGCAGAUCGAGAAGCAGCAGGGUGGCCUCCGAGCCUCGAUUCCAGCAGUUGUCAAGUCUUUCAACGAGAGCGACAUGACCUACGACUUGGACAUCCGUGAUCAUGCUGACUGUGAUCGCAUCCGGAUCCGUGUGAUGCCGUCGGAGGGGAUGAGUCCUUCCGCGGAUGCAUUAACUUCCGCGAUACCCAGGCAUGCCAUGGAGAAGCGAGUCACAAAGCACUUCAAUGGCACAGAAGCUGGGAAAAUUAGCGAUGAGGCCACCCGGACAGAGGCCGCUGCAGAGCCCGAGACUUCCGCUGAAACCCGGCGGAUAGGCGAAGGCUUUUGGUGCCAUGUUCCUGAGCAUGAUCUCAGAGCACAAGUGUUGGCCGUGCGUGGCGGCAUGGUCGAAAUCUCGAUCGGUGGAGUGACUACUGAAACGAAGAUGGAGUCGCUACGUGCACCGAAAGACAACGAGACGAUGGCUUGGCCGAAGGGCACGCAGGUCAUGUACCACAGUGCUACUGCGGGCCGCUGGAUUGAAGCUCAUAUCGACCAAUUCAACAAACACAACGGCACAUACAACUUGGACGUGCGUCCAGAAGCAGAUGCUUACAAGGUGCGGCCUAGAUAGUCCAGGCAGGACCUGCGUUGGCUUCUCCUUUUCAACGGAGUGUUCUUGGCCAUGUCGCAAGCGCCUCAAGUAACUUGUCAUGCAACUGGACAAAAUGUUGAAGCUGAAUCUCACUCAACAUUAGGGUAGGGUUUAACUGAAGGAAUUGUUAAAGAAGUCUCUCUGACAGACAGGCGAAAAAAAACAAAAAUAAAACUUUGCCUUCCGUUGAAAAGAUCUCUGCCCAUUCAGAUGAGGGGCUCUCGAGAACUCGAUGCCCAGCGCUACAGCCUCACCCAGGCGAAGAUUCUGAUACUUUAGGUUGACCAGAUUAGGAGUUGCUGCUGUGAAUCUCAAGGGCUUUGCUGAGAAACAAGAUGGAGC